UUUCUCUCUCUCUCUCUCUCGCUGGAGCUUGCUCUUCGGAUUGCUGUCGGCUCUUCUUCGUGUCCGUGUGAACGGCGGAGGGGAAAAACCGGCACAUCGGCAUGUGUUUCAUUCGCGUCACGCGCGCCUCCCCCACCGAAAAUAUUCUAAUCUUUUCCUCCCUCUUCUCCUCCUUCUUAGCCCCGAACUAAAAACAAAAGAAGCAAGCCGUUCUUGAUUUCCUGUCUGCCACACAGCAAGCGAAAAAAGGAAGGGAAGGGAAGGGAAGGGAAGGGGUUUGCUCGAAGGUGGUGGUGGUACUACUACUACUAUAUCAAUGGCGGCUGUCAAAGUUUGAAUUCUCUAUCGACGAAAAAAAAAACAACACACCUUUGUCAUCAUCAAAGAAUCCCCAAAAGUGGCCCUCGUAUUUAGCCGAAAACAAGCCCGCCCUCGCCAUCCGGAGGUGGCGAAGCAGGGGGAUCCCGGGGACCACGCGCGCAGGCAUGUUUCGAGCGGAGGAGGAGAUGGCGGCGGCGGCGGCGGCGACCGUGGGGAGUUGGCCGAUCGCGCCCCCGAGGCGCCCUUGAUGCUACCGCCCCAACGACCGCCGCAGCAGCAGCUAGCGUUCGACCGGGCCGCGCGUCAGCAGCAAGGGGGCGCCCCCGCGCCGCGGCCGCUCGCGCUGGACCCGCGGAGCUACGAGACGGAGAUGACGGUGAUGGUGUCGGCGCUGAGGCAAGUCGUGUCGGCGGGGCACCGCGGGGUCGGUGGGCUCGGGGAAGCUCUUGCUCCCGCUUCGCUCCCGUCGUCUUCGGCUUCGGCCUCGUCACCUUUCGCCACUUUUUCCCCGUUCGCGGCUUCAUCCCCCGGUCCGUCUAGCUUGGGGGACUCGGGUUCGAGUUCGGGCACUUGGGUCGGGCAGAAGCGGAGGCGGGAGGAGGAGAGCUCGUCGUCGUCGUCGGGCCACCAGUUGCUGGAGUCCAUCCCGAGGAGCUGUAGGGUUUACGGCGAUUUUGGCGGCGGCGGUUCGUCAUCGGAACAAGCCGAGCCAUCUUCUGCUCUCGGUUCCGAAGAAGCCAAGCCGGUUGUGCCGCCGCCCGCCCCGCCCGCCGUCACGGCGGUGCCGCCUACGACGGCUGCCGAGCCGGCAGCGACGGCGCAGGACGAGGGCGGAGAGAGGAGGAGGAAGUACAGGGGAGUGAGGCAGAGGCCGUGGGGCAAGUGGGCUGCGGAGAUACGGGACCCGCACAAAGCCGCCCGAGUGUGGCUGGGGACCUUCGACACGGCCGAGGCCGCCGCCCGGGCCUACGACGACGCCGCCCUCCGCUUCCGCGGCAACCGGGCCAAGCUCAACUUCCCCGAGCUCGCCCGGCUGGCGCAGCCAAUGCCACAAAACGUCGCGAGCUUGGCGGCCGCCAUUCCGAGAGUGGCAGCAGCCCCAUUGCCUCCUCCACGGCCGCCACAGCCGCCACUGCUGCCGCAGCAGGCGGCCUAUCAACCUGCUCAGGGCACCGACAUGUUCAGAGACUAUUGGGAAUAUUCAAGACUUCUUCAGGGACAACCUUCAAGCUUGCUGGAGCAGAUGCUGUAUACUUCUUCUCAGCUUCAACCGUCCCAAUUCGCAUCCCCGUCGUCAUUCUCGGUCUCGUUCUCCACUCCAUCACCGUCGUCCUCACUAUCAUCUUCUUCGCCGAUGCCGCCGCCCCCGCCGCCGCCCUUUUUCGCGCCCUCUGGACCAACGCCUUCUCCUACUUUUCCUCUGCUUUACUCCGGGCGGCAUCAGGGAGCCAGCUACUCGAGGCAGCUGCCGCUGCCGCCGGACAAUCAAGAUCAGGGGAGCGCCGGCACAGAUGCUCCGCCUCCAGCGCCGCCGCCGCCGCCGCCAUGGCCCGGUUCGGGCCAAUACCCUUCAUCAACUGGCUCAUGACGGUCCUAAUCAUCAUCACAUACUGGAUUCUUUGAUUGACAAAAGCAAAAUCUUUCUUGUCAUGAAAUAAUUUUAGGCGAUUGUUUUUAGGCCCUUUACUUUUAUCUUUUCUUUUCAUCUUCUUUGUAACUUCGCUCCUUGUUCCCACAUCAGAUUGGUAUUGUAAAGGACAGAAGAAAGAAAAGAAGAAAGGUACAAUUUUUAUAGGAAAAAUGCAAAACUAUUAAAAAGGGCAGUGUCGAAAUUAAGGUUUUGAUCUGA